CUUUUGUAGUUUCCCUCCCCCCCCUCUUUUGUAGUUUCCCACCUUCUUUUGUAGUUUUUCCACCCUCUUUUGUAGUUUUUCCACCCUCUUUUGUAGUUUUUCCACCCUCUUUUGUAGUUUUUCCACCCUCUUUUGUAGUUUUGCCCCCCUCUUUUGUAGUUUUCCACCCUCUUUUGUAGUUUUCCACCCUCUUGUGUAUUUUUCCCCCCUCUUUUGUAGUUUUUCACCCCCUCUUUUGUAGUUUUUCCCCCCUCUUUUGCGCCGUUACAUUGGGACAUUUGAGCCCAUAGACUUGCCCGUAACUUGCAAAGAGAGAGGGUAGAGCUUCUUCCUUCUGGUUCCCGAUCCUUCUCUUAACCAAUAUGGACCCAGAACAUCUGAACAUCUGACCAAUUACACAAGACUUAACCCCUGUGUUUGUCUACGAAUAAAAAGUGACCCACCACUAUGUUUAAUAGCAGAGAAAACCACCUAAAUUAUAUUUUUUCAACUUGAAAUUGGUUGACUUUUCCUAGACUGACCCCAACAUUAGAAAAAAGUGAAACAUCAUCUUUGUUCAUAUUUCCAUGAAAGCUGUACACCACCAGGGUACAAAGAUUGUCUCAGGGUCAUUUUUGACCCGGCAGUUAUAAAAUCAUUUACACACCACAAAAACCAGACACACACACACACACACACACACAAUGAGAAAUUGAGAUUGUAUGCUACUGACAAAACUGAAGCCAUGAGUGCACGUUUUAGUGCCCAACAGGUCGUAGAUCAGAUUUUUUCAGAUGUCCAGGAGGAACAAGAGAACAGGGAUUUAGAAGAGGAGGUAUCUGAAGAAGAAGAUGCGGAAGAAGAAGAAUUACAACCCAGAGCAGAUACAUCAUCUUCAGAUGAAGAAGACAUCCACACAAGCUGAAAGAGACAGUUUUUUUUGUUGUUGUCAAAGAACAGCUAAAUAACAUGGUCCUUGUCACCACAUGACAACCAGGGCAGGAUGGCAACACAACAAGGACAAUAAGGAUGACCCCAGGGCCCACAAGACAUGCAGUUGACCAUGCCCAGGUCAUCGCCUCAACAUUCUACAUGUGCAUCACACCAGCCAUUGAAAAAAUCUUCCUGGAGAUGACAAAUUUGGAGGGUUUCUGUAAGUAUCAAGACAACUGGAAAAGGAUGAGUUUGACCUGCGUGCCUACAUAGGGCUGCUAAUCUUAGCGGGUGUGUAUAGGUCCCGAGGUGAGGCUACAUGUAGUCUCUGGGACGCAGAGAGUGGAAGGGCGAUUUGUCCGUGCGAGAGAAACUGGCGGCCAUAAGAGAGGUCUGGGAGAAGUGGGUGGAGCGUCUGCCAAAUGUCUACAACCCUGGGCCUGAAGUAACAGUGGAUAAGCAACUGGUUCCAUUCAGAGGUACAUUUUUAUUUCUCUAAUGUAAGUGAUUUUCACUGUUAAUUCUAUUAUGUAUUGUUGCAAUAUCAUUGAUUUAUAUGACACAGGGAAGCGGACCAGAGGAGGCCCGGAUAAGAACCAGGGGAUGCAGGUUGUGCUUGAUGUGACAGAUGGACUGAGGGGGCACAAUGUCACGUGUGACAAUUUCUUUACUUCUUAUGAACUCAGCCAGCAGCUCCUGAAGAGGAAGAUCACCAUGGUUGGCACAGUUAGAAAGAACAAGCCUGAUGAGCUCCCUCCUGCACUCCUCGCAACAAGGGUGAGAGAGGCCUUCUCAUCAAAGUUUGCCUCCACCACCACUCUAGUUUCUUACCUCCCAAAGAGGAACAAGAAUGUGGUCCUCAUGAGCACACUGCACAAAACGGCUAAGAUCAGUGAUCGUGAGGACAGGAAGCCAGCCAUCAUCCGGAACUACAACCACAACAAAGGAGGUGUGGACAACCUGGACAAGGUGAUUGGAACGUACAGCUGCAGGAGGAUGACUGCCCGCUUGCCCCUGGUCAUCUUCUAUAACGUCAUUGAUGUGUCAUCGUACAAUGUCUUUGUGAUAUGGAACAAGAUCAACCCUACCUGGAUGCCUGAUAAGCGGAACAAGAGGGUGUUCCUGGAGCAGCUGGGAAAGGCACUUGUAACCACACACAUUCAAAGAAGGGAGCGCCUCCCUCGCACAGCAGCGCUUGUGAAAGCUGUUCGGGGGGAUGAAUCUUGUCCUGAUCCACCUGAGGCUGCAGCUGAGGCAGGCAAGAGGAGGAUAUGCCAAUUCUGCCCCCAAGAGAAGGACUAAAACAAAUACUAUGUGCUGCACGUGAGAAAUACAUCUGAAAAGUCCAUGCACACACACUUGCAUACUGUCCUACAUGUGCUAAUUAGAGUUGAUUGAUUUAUGUUCUUCACAGUUUUGUUUUGUAUCUAUUAUCUUAUUUUCUUAUUGUUGUUGUUUAUGCACCUUGUGGGUGUGGACAAUGGUUCAAAAAAUGGGAGAAGAAUAGUAUUUUGUAGUUGAAUUCCUCAUUGUACAGUAUAUAAGAAUAUAUCACUAUGUUGCCAAAAAAUACUUUUUCCCUUCAAUAAAAUGCAUUCAAAACUACUUUCUGCACAUUUCUGCUACUUUCUUUGGCUAUCCAAGUGCUAUCGUUUGCUAAAAAAUGUAUGUUUACACCUAUGCAGUACCUUUAGCAAUAAUAAUAAUAAUAAUCCUCUACUUAGGUAAAGAAAACAAGUGACAAGUGACAGGUGAGUUGUAAUACAUACGAGUGGUGUCCUCUGAUUAAAUGCAGUCUUUCUGCAUUGUGAAGAGGGAAAACCCAGAUAUUCACAAAGGCUGAUGAAUGACAGGUUCUUUUCUUCAUGCUAAAUAGAUUUGUGGUUUAAUAUUCAAUUAUGCUGCUUUACUUUAGGGGUCUAGUGAAGGCAGGUAAUUUUUGACCGUUUGGACAAGUGGAGUGUACAGAAUGUUUAAGACUACACAAGGGUUAAGUUCUGGGUUAACCGAGAUGAAUAACUCACAC